CGAUAUGUUAUAGGUAUCAAUUUCUUUUAUUAGGGCUACAGGAAUUGCCGGAAUCUCUGAUUUUUGAAUUUCCUUAAUUUUCCAUAAAUUUUUAUAGACCUGCAGAGCCGACAGUUGCCCAGUUUUUUUUUCUAAUUUAUUAUCAUUAUAUUAGAAGAACUAUAAAUUUAUAACAAUGAAAAUAGUUAUUGAUUUUAGCGGUUACUAUUAUAAAAAUAAAUUUAUAAUAAAAGAAUUUAGUUUGUGCCGAUUAGAUUAUUUGUCAGUAAUAACUGAACCAAUAACAAUUACAAAAGAUCCACAAAAUGCAAUUCCGUUGCAAGCAAACAAUAAAAGUUACAAAAAUUUUAUUGAUAAAUUCGGUGUAAAAAAUUCUCAUAAUUUAUAUCCAGUAUAUGUAUUACGCAGUAGAUUAAUGAGAAUAAAUCAUGAAAACAAUAAGAUUUAUGUGCGAAAUGGUGAGCAGUUAAGUAAAUUAAUAAGUUUUAUCAACAACAGUAAAUAUCAAUCUGACAAAAUAAAACUAUUAAGUGAUUUAGGGUUCGAUGAUAAUUAUGAAUUAACUGAAACAAAUUGUCCUCAUCAUAUUAAUAAAUCAAAUAAUUAUUGCGCGGGUGACAAUGCGAAAUUAAUGGCUGAAUGGUUAAUAGAACGUAAAGUAAAUAAAAUAAAUUCACGUCGAAAUAUGCAAUUAGUUAUUAAUUUCAGUGGUUAUCGUGAUUAUAAAAAUAAAUUUAAAAUUAAAGAACUGAGUAUUCAUGGAUUAAAUGAUGAUGGUAAUAUUGUUUAUCAUAAACUAUGUGUAAUUAAACCAGUAUAUGUUUCAAAUGAUUCCAUAAAUAACAUUAAUAAAAAGAAAUACGAUAAUUAUUAUAAUAAAUUUGGAAUUAAGUAUGACGACGGUUAUUAUGAAUUACAACGUAUGAGAAAUGAAAUUUAUAACAUAGUAACUAGAUGUGAUAUUCAAGUAAUUUAUGUUAAAAAUUAUCAUUACUACGAUCUAUUGACCUACGUUUUUGGAGAUAUUGAAAAAUAUGAUGUUACUUGUUUGGAAGAUCAUAAUUAUGUCGAAGCAUAUGAUAUAAAUACCAAUUGUGGGUAUCAUACACAUGAGGAUAAUAGUAAAAAUAUAUGUGUGAAUAAUAGCGUAAUUAAUAUGGUUAAGUGGAUACUAACCAAUAAGUUUUAUAAAUCUGAGGUUAGGAAUCGGUUUUCUGAAAUUACGUUAAACGAUGAUAUUAAUAUUGAUGAUGAAUUAGUUAAUCAAUUUAUAAUAGGUGGUAAUGAUGAAUUACCGUUAAUUAGUUCUGAUGAUUUGGAAUUAUAAUAUAAAUAUAUUCAUUCGCAACUUAAAAUAUUUUAUAAAAUCUUAUGGAUUCUGAUAAAUUUCUCAUCGAUGUUUUAUGAGGAUGAAUAAGUUAUUUGUGAAAAUAAUACAGGCACG